AAAAACAAAAAUGUCUUCUUUCUUGUUGCUCAGUUGAGCCAUACUCGCUUUCAAGUUUCGAAGCUUUUUGCCUUUUGAUUAGUACGCAAGAAAGGUUUGUGUUUCUCAAAUCAUAGAAAUCUUAUUUUAAUCAACCUCUAAAGAGCCUGAAAUAGCUCACGUUAAAACGAAUGUGGCGGGGACAAUUACAAUUUUCGAUGGAGUAAAUUUCCUCUCCUAAUUCUGUACAAAGAAAACAUUUAACCUGCAUAAUUUAAUGCUGGGGAGAUCAUAUGUAUUACGUCAUCGCAAUGGUCAGGUCACUUCCUGAAAUGUGUCAAAGUCAAAGUCUGAUGAUUUCUUGCUAACAUACCACGACAUGGUGAAGUCUGUCAAGCAUGAAAACAACUUUACGUACAAUAUCAACGUAUUCUUCGUUUCUUUAAAAGCARUUUGUUUGCAUUGAAGACUUAAAAACUGUUUGCAAACGACCUCCGAUGUAGAUAACCCAGAUUUGUGCGUGGAAAUUAUGUUGAAGAUGUUGCUAUGGUACAUCUGAAGGAUGUUGAUAGAACAAUUAGUUUUCCUCCUCCAAGUGUCAUUCUUCGUUGUARCAGGUUUGUUGCAGAUUCAAAUGAGACAAUAGGAMCAAGAUGCGUCGCCUCUUUUCCUGAAGUAUCUAUUAAUACCAAGAAUGCAUCUUGCCUUCCGUAUCAWUUCCCACAAACUGGAUACUGCAAAGACCGAAUUACAUGGAAAAUCUACGGUAGCGUUGAGCAGCAAAACUACAACGAAAGAGCGCUGGGCAUUUAUAUUGUCAUAAGGAAAGCUUUUAAUGACUCUUAUAAGUUUCGAGUUACAAAAUCAUGCGAGAAAUCCAUCAACGAAACUUACUGCAAAAAUCAAUUUCCUGCUUGCGACGAUACAACUGGAGCGCUUCAAAAACAGCCAAUAUGUAGAGAGACUUGUGAAGACCUAUAUAAGAGGUGCAACAGAGAGCUCAAGUUCAUACAGUCUUUUAAUGACAAACUGGUUGAGACAGGCAAACUGGAUCCACUCACGCUCAUAAAUUGCUCUUCACUACCGAUGAGAAAUGGCGGUGAAAGUCCCGAAUGUUACUAUAGUAGAACUUUGAAUGACGAAACUGAUAAACUCAAGUCUUCAGAUUGUUACUAUGGAAAUGGUCUUGGUUACCAAGGCAAUGCUAGUAUGACGCGUUCAGAUCACGUGUGUCAAGAGUGGUCUUCACAAUGUCCUCAUCGACACCAUCACCCAUUGAGUGAAUAUCCUGAACUUGUUAAUGCUUCCAACUGGUGCCGUAAUCCAGGAGGCCAGGCACCUAAUGGUCCUUGGUGCUACACCUUAAAUAAAACCAUACGCUGGGAGUACUGUGGAGUGAGAAAAUGUCCGCCACCAGCGCCAACACUAUCCCCUGUCAUAAUAAAGGCGGUACCUAUUGGUCCUUAUAAAAUAUUCCUGGCAUGGAAGCCAGUUCCUCUGCUAUUCGUCCACGGAACUCCUCAAGGAUUUAAGAUUCAAUACAUUGUAGUCGGUGAUGAUCGAUAUAAAACGAUAAAUACGACGAAUCCUAACUCAAAGGAUUUCGAGGUUCUUAACCUCCAGCCGUCAACCAAGUAUAAUUUAUCAGUUUUGGAGUUUAAUGAGCACGGCGAUGGACCUUGGAGCACUCCUGUCUAUGUACAAACUAUGCCAGAAAGUAAGUCGACAUGUACGCAAUCAACCAAUCAUCGUCCAAAAGACAAAC